CAGUCCACGACCAAGAAGAGCAGCGAAGCCUACAAUUUUGAAGGAGCCAAGUUUGUCAAAGAAAAUGCGCAGAAGUAGAUAAGUCAUCAGACAAGUCACUAAUCCAAUUUUCAUUAACAUUGUGAAUGUUUCAAUUAUCAGGUAUGUUCAAGCAGGGCUAAGUACCAGAAACUUUAAGUGAAAAUAUUAUUAUUUGAUUUCAAAAAGUGUGUGCAUUAGAGACUGAGGCAGUAGCCGCUCGCGGUGCUUUCAGCUUGUUCAGUGUAUAUCUUUAUCCACAUGACGUUUACCUUUAAAGCUAGAAAUUUUCUAAUUGAAUCAAUUGAAGUGUUUGUUAAUUUGGAUCUUGACUAUGUUCUACAGAUUAUAUCUGCAUCAUGAAUUUAAAGGGCUUUCCAUUAAUUCACUAUUUAAUCUCAGAUUACCUUGAAAGAAAAAAUAUCUGAUUUUUUGCUACCUGAACAGGUAGCUGUUAGUUUGUAUAUAUCAAAAGUCGAUGCACGACAAAUGCGGCGGUGCAAUUUUGACGCAAAACCUAUAAUUUACAUAUUAUGCGAUCGAUGGUGGUGCAGGUAAGUAAA